AUGGCGCCCAAGUCCUCCAAGGCCGCCCACGACGAUACCAAGUCUGAAAGCACUGCCCCCAAGGAGAAGCAAACACCUGGCUCUGGCGGCCAUCACUCGAACGGAAAGCUGCGCCGUGUGGCCAGCUCGACGGGCUCUCAGUUGCGGGAAGUAACAAACGCAAACGCCGCCGCGGAUGUUCAAGUCGCUGCAAAGGAGACGGCUCAGAACCCAGCGAUACAAUGGAGUACAUUUGACCGAGAAACCCUACAUGCAUACCGACGCGAGCACCAUCUCAACACCCCCACCUCGUUUUCCUGCUCCUACCGUCAACUGGUCCUCUCACGGCCCGGUGGCAUCGGUCUACACUCCCCUACGAUGGCUCGGAAGAAGGAGAGCAGAAGACAGAGCAAAGAACAGCUCACGCUGUCUGUGCGGAAGCACUUCAAUGGGCUUGGGAUCCAGGAGAACGAUAUCAUUGUCGACUUCAUCCACAAGGUUAGGAGUCACGCUAUCACAAAAAGCGACCGUCACAAAAGGUCUACAUCAACACCUCACGACGCAUGA